CGUCGCUGUUUCUUUCCUACCCCGCCGCCUGUGUUUUUCCGGGAGCGCUCCAUCAUCUUCGUACUCCGCCGCCACAGUUCAGGGAGGCAAAUUCUCAUUUUCAGUUUCAAUACCUUCUUGAAUUGCGUCUACCUCUGCCAUUUGAAGAUUAGCCAAAAUGACUGAUUCAAAAUACUUUACCACAAACAAAAAAGGGGAGAUCUUUGAGCUCAAGGCCGAGCUGAACAAUGAGAAGAAAGAGAAAAGGAAGGAGGCCGUGAAGAAGGUCAUUGCUGCCAUGACCGUGGGGAAAGAUGUCAGCUCUCUGUUCCCCGAUGUGGUCAACUGCAUGCAGACAGACAACCUGGAGCUGAAGAAGCUGGUGUACCUGUAUCUGAUGAACUACGCCAAGAGCCAGCCCGACAUGGCUAUCAUGGCGGUCAACAGCUUUGUCAAGGACUGUGAGGACCCCAACCCCCUGAUCCGUGCUCUUGCCGUUCGGACCAUGGGCUGCAUCCGCGUGGACAAGAUCACGGAGUACCUCUGCGAGCCACUGCGCAAAUGUCUGAAAGACGAGGACCCCUACGUGAGGAAGACGGCGGCCGUGUGCGUGGCCAAGCUGCACGACAUUAACGCCCAGAUGGUGGAGGACCAGGGCUUCCUGGACUCCCUGCGAGACCUCAUCGCGGACUCCAAUCCCAUGGUCGUGGCCAACGCGGUGGCUGCCCUGUCCGAGAUCAGCGAGUCCCACCCCAACAGCAACCUGCUGGACCUGAACCCGCAGAACAUCAACAAGCUGCUGACGGCCCUGAACGAGUGCACCGAGUGGGGUCAGAUCUUCAUCCUGGACUGUCUGUCCAACUACAACCCCAAGGACGAGCGUGAAGCCCAGAGCAUCUGUGAGCGCGUCACCCCCCGGCUGUCUCACGCCAACUCUGCCGUGGUGCUGUCGGCGGUCAAGGUGCUCAUGAAGUUCCUGGAGCUUCUACCCAAGGACUCCGACUACUACAACACCCUGCUGAAGAAGCUGUCCCCCCCUCUGGUCACCCUGCUGUCCGGGGAGCCCGAGGUUCAGUACGUGGCCCUGAGGAACAUCAACCUUAUUGUGCAGAAAAGGCCUGAGAUUCUGAAGCAGGAGAUAAAGGUGUUUUUCGUCAAGUACAACGACCCUAUUUACGUGAAACUGGAGAAGCUGGAUAUCAUGAUUCGCCUGGCCUCUCAGGCCAACAUCGCCCAGGUUCUCGCUGAGCUGAAGGAGUAUGCCACCGAAGUGGACGUGGACUUCGUCCGCAAGGCAGUUCGGGCCAUUGGGCGCUGCGCCAUCAAGGUGGAGCAAUCGGCCGAGCGAUGUGUCAGCACCCUGCUGGACCUCAUCCAGACCAAGGUCAACUACGUGGUGCAGGAGGCUAUUGUGGUCAUCAGGGACAUCUUCCGCAAAUACCCCAACAAGUACGAGAGCAUUAUUGCCACGUUGUGCGAGAACCUGGACUCCCUGGAUGAGCCGGAUGCCCGUGCAGCCAUGAUCUGGAUCGUGGGCGAGUACGCUGAGCGAAUCGACAACGCUGAUGAGCUGCUGGAGAGCUUCCUGGAGGGCUUCCACGACGAGAGCACCCAGGUCCAGCUCACUCUGCUGACAGCCAUCGUCAAGCUGUUCCUGAAGAAGCCGUCGGAGACGCAGGAGCUGGUGCAGCAGGUGCUCAGCCUGGCGACCCAGGACUCUGACAACCCAGACCUGCGUGACAGGGGUUACAUCUACUGGCGCCUUCUGUCCACUGACCCCGUGACUGCCAAGGAGGUGGUCCUGUCCGAGAAGCCCCUCAUCUCGGAGGAAACUGACCUGAUCGAGCCCACUCUGCUGGAUGAACUCAUCUGCCACAUUGGCUCGCUGGCCUCUGUCUACCAUAAGCCCCCCAACGCCUUCGUCGAGGGCAGCCACGGUAUCCACCGCAAGCACCUGCCCAUCCAGCAUGGCAGCAUCGACACAGGCGAGAGCCCCAUCAGUGCUGGCCCGGUGGCCCCUAUGGACCAGCCCCAGGUCAUCCCCUCCCAAGGGGACCUCCUUGGUGAUCUGCUCAACCUGGACCUGGGACCUCCUGUCAAUGUGCCCCAGGUGUCCUCCAUGCAGAUGGGGGCCGUCGACCUGUUGGGUGGAGGUCUGGACAGCCUGCUCGGGGGAGACCUGGGAGGUGGUGUUGGUGGAAGCCCAGCUGUGGGACAGAACUUCAUUCCGUCUUCGGUGCCCAAUACAUUUGCACCUUCACCCACCCCGGCCACGCUCAGCAGCGGACUCAAUGACCUGUUCGAGCUCUCCACGGGUAUGGCCAUCACCACUGGGGGCUACGUGGCCCCCAAAACGGUGUGGCUGCCGGCGAUGAAGGCCAAAGGCUUGGAGAUUGCGGGCACCUUCUCGCGAAGGCAGGGUCACAUGUACAUGGACAUGACCUUCACUGACAAGGCCCUGCAGCACAUGACCGACUUUGCCAUUCAGUUUAACAAGAACAGCUUCGGCAUGAUACCCACUACACCCCUGCCCAUCCACACCCCGCUGAUGCCCAGCCAGAGCAUCGACAUCUCCCUGCCGCUCAACACCAUCGGCCCGGUCAUGAAGAUGGAUCCACUCAACAACCUCCAGGUGGCUGUCAAAAACAACAUUGAUGUCUUCUACUUCAGCUGUCUCAUUCCACUCAACAUAUUCUUUGUGGAGGACGGUAAAAUGGAACGCCAGGUCUUCUUGGCCACCUGGAAGGACAUACCGAACGAGAACGAGCUGCAGUAUCAGAUCAAGGACUGUCACCUGAAUGCAGACACGGUGUCCGGAAAGCUCCAGAACAACAACAUCUUCACCAUCGCCAAGAGGAACGUGGAGGGCCAGGACAUGCUCUACCAGUCCCUGAAGCUCACCAAUGGCAUCUGGAUUCUGGCAGAGCUGCGUAUCCAGCCCGGCAACCCCAACUACACACUCUCCUUGAAGUGCCGAGCUCCUGAGGUCUCUCAGUACGUCUACCAGGUGUACGACGGCGUCCUGAAGAACUAAGUCACUCAUCUCCUCCUCCCCGCACCAUGGUCCACUCUGCACUCCUCUGUGGCACAAGAACAAACGUGUACCUUUUCAUCCGUUUUCUUUUUUUUUUUUUUUUUAACGUUCUUUCACUUACUCUGUCCUUGUCUACGUAAGCAAGGGCACUAAUAUUCCAUCCACGGCUGCAUCUUAAUGUUUUCGGUGUGAAUGUCCGACUCACCAUGAACCCCUAUAGAAAUCUCUUCACCCGCCUUCGUACUGUAUCUCGUUUCUUUUGAAGCACAUUUUUUUUUUUCUUGUCCAGUUUCCCCCAGUUGUUUGUGGUCUCGGCUUUAGUUGCUCGCCAUGCCCGACUAAGCACGAAUACAUUGAUAAAGGACUGGCCCUCUUGAGCGGUGGCACCUUCAGCGAGUUUAUGAAACACCACUGUCUGUUAGCUCCUAGCGCUCCCGCUAACGCCUGACGUGACCUAACGGCACAACCCGGAACGCCAUGCGGAGGCUGAAAGCUGGGAGUCCCGUGUUAUAUGUUCGGUCUUGGCGACUUACUCCUGUGGUUUUUUGUUCUUUUGUUCUGUCUUUUGCUCGCCAUCGCAUUACCGCUUCAUGAGAAUGACCAUGCGUUUACUUGAGCCUGUGCCAUCCGCCAUGUUUUAUGUACAUAUAUUUUGUAUCGCCAUUGUUAAUGUUUUGCUUUUAAAAGAGAGGAAAUGUCUGCCAAUUUUUUGCGUAACUGAUAAGCUGUAGCUUUUCCUGCCUCCCGGCUCGCCAAGCUCCUCCAUGGCUGUCGAGGCAGCCCUGCUCCCUUUGGGCAGUUUAUCGUAAGGCUGAACCCUAAAAUGUCACACGUAUCCAAAUGGGCGAAAGGUUGCCAUGCAAAACUGAGGUGAUGAAGGCUCUCUGUAGGAUUAUAUUUCUGUUUUACAAGAAGACCAACAUGAGAAUAUCGUUGUGGUAAGUGUGUUUCCAACAAUUGUAUACUAACAACCCCCCAAAAAAAGUUUAAAACUAUUGCUUGGGAUACAAGCUAAAAUAUUUUGCUGAUAUGUAAAUGUAGCUAGUUGUAUUCAACCCUCAUACUGGCAUUUGGUGUUUAUCACUACGUGGUUGUGCUUAUCUGCUAUUUUUGCAUCAAAACAUUGUACUAAUGCAGUGAGAGAUCGUGGUUGCAGCUGCCACAUUGCUUCCAUUGUGUAGUGAUACAAUGUUGGUAAACUUGGAUAUAUAUAGGAUAGUUGUGCUGGAAGAACAGUCGAAGUUAAAAGCAUUUUUUCCACAUAAGUUUAGCCUCAAAAGUAGCAUGAUAUAGUAGCGGUUUACCAAGGCUGCAAAUGUGACAGUGAAUUUUAAUAACUAUCUAUAGUACAUGCAAAUAAAAUUUCAUAUUAGAAAUAUUAAAAGUACCUAUGCUUGCUGAACAUAUGGUAGUGAUGCUUAAUCGUGUCUGUGCUCAGACUUUAGGUGCAUAGUCGUAUGGAUCUCGAACACAAAGGUACAAAUGUUUUUGUGAUGUAUGUGUUUUGCGAGCUGUUGCCGUACGACGUGCCUGUGGUCCCGCAUGUACCCAGUGCCCGUCGCUUCUGGGAGGCCUUAAUGUUUGUGCUGUGAGCCGUGGCCUUUGCAGAAAGGGAGGUACCACUUCUGAAGAACACGCUCUGGCCCCAGUAUAUUAACCUUGUAUCGUUUCUAUGAAUAUGGGGGCAGAGACUAAGAACCACAAAGGAACUAUAUGGGAGAUUGAUGUGAGAUUAUUUUAUGAGGUUGCCAGACUUGCUGUCGGUUUUUUCAGCUUUUCUGGGUUUCUGAUUUUCUGAUUCUGAGCCUGAAAUCGACCAUUUUCAAAACAGAGGGCCGUGUCGUCUUAAAUCUCCUUAAAGGACCACUAUGCCACCCAUUCCUGCCAGUUUAUUUGCUCAAUGGCCAUCUGCCUCCUCUGAAUUCUGUCUUAAUCUUGCCAGUUUUACCUCUUCUUCCACCUUUCUUUCCCCUGAACUGAUGUAACAUUUUUUUUUGUUUUUUUUCCUUUUUGCCAUUUUCAAUAAACUGUCCUCAUGGA